AUGUCCGACCCAAUUCACGCUCCUCACCCCAGUCCCAACGAAGAAUAUGCCGAAUUCCCUCUCCCCUCAAUCGACACCCUCAGUCCCAUCAAUCCUUCCAGCCGUCAAAGUCUCGAGCGUGAAACUACCGCCGAUGCCCAUCAAUACGAGGCCGGACUCGCCGAUCCCACGCCGCAACCCGAGACCGUGCCCCUCACCGAGCCACUCGUAAAUGUCGAACCCGAACAAUCGCGAAUUCGAUCGCCACGAGUGCGCUUCCGUUCUAUCAGUCGCUCGAUAAGUGAACGAUAUCAUCAUCUUCAUGAUGGCUCGCAUCGAGUGUUCUCAGAUCAGUCCGACGCCGCGCACCGUCCUUUGUUGCCGCCGCCCGCGGACUGGACUGAUGUCCCUCUGUCCGGAACCGUCACCCCGCCCGCCCCGACUCAUUCACGACACAAGGGUCUGGCUGGUGGUCGCACGCCGCACCAUGACUAUGCCCCGGUCGAUCCUGAGAAACGCGAUCAUCAUGACCCCAAUACCGAGCGUGCUCAUCCGGCGCGCGACCGCUUCCGAGCUGCGGGCCAGCUCCUCCGCCAGAAGACCGUGCGAUUGACCGAGCGUCUCGGUCGUCCGCCAGACGAGGGCGAGGCCCUCAGUGCAUCCAUGCUUCCAGAUGAUCUGGAUAUCCCCAUGGAGGAGCUCCAGGCACGCCGUGCUCGUCACGAUGCCGAUCGACUGCGCAUGCUAGAAGCUGGCGAGGAGCCGCAUCAGCCCCCGCCCAGCGCCGAGGCACAUCGUCUGGUACGCAGCAUGACCCAGGGUCAGGAUAACCUGGCCCUGCGGAAGCGUCGUCCGCGCGGUGCGUACCAGCGGUCUGGGCAAACGACCCCCGAGGGCAUGCUGAAGGACUUUGCGCGUCGCCGGUCCAGUGGUGGGUUUGCUGGUGGCAGUGGGAUUCUCUCGCAGCUGUUGAAGUUGCAUGCCAGUCAAACGGCGAGCUCGUCGCGACCGGAGAGUGUCAUCACCGAUGACUCGGAUAGCGAUACACAGGUUUCUUCGGGCGCGACCACGCCCAAGAAAAUCGGCUCGCUGUCCCCGUCUAUGCCCCCGUCCAUGCCGACCUCGGGCUCGGCGACACCACGCAAGGAGAAGAUCAAGUGGUAUAAGAAGUCUGCGCACCGGUCGACUUCCUCGCUGAUCGAUGCCUCGAUGAACCUCAGCCGUGCGAGUCUCCCGCCCGGUGCAGCGGAUUCGCUAUACCCCGGUAAGAGGCAUCGGAAGAGCAAGCGCCGGACGCGGUUGGAGGAUGAGAUUCGGGUUACUGUGCAUAUUGCGGAGAUUCUGGCUCGUCAGAGAUAUAUCAUGCAGCUGUGUCGUGCGUUGAUGCGAUACGGUGCACCGACGCAUCGGCUGGAGGAGUAUAUGCAGAUGACGGCCCGGGUCCUCGAGGUUUCGGGUCAAUUCUUGUAUCUCCCCGGUUGUAUGAUCAUGUCCUUUGAUGACCCGACCACCCGCACGGCUGAAGUCAAGCUAGUGCGCAUGGUGCAGGGUGUCGAUCUGGGACGUUUGGCCGACACGCAUAACGUGUAUAAGAACGUCGUGCACGACCUCAUCGGUGUCGAAGAAGCCACCCAAGAACUAGACGAGAUCAUGUCGCGCAAGCCACGCUUCAACAAGUGGAUCCUCGUCCUAAUGUACGGUCUAGCCAGUGCAACCGUCGGCCCCUUCGCCUUCAGCGCCCGCCCCAUCGACAUGCCCGUCAUCUUCUGUCUAGGCUGUCUCGUCGGCCUAAUGCAACACGUCCUCGCACCCCGCUCCGUCCUCUACUCCAACGUUUUCGAAGUCACCGCCGCAGUCUUAACCUCCUUCCUCGCCCGCGCCCUAGGCAGCAUCAAAAUCACCCGCAACGGCCAAACAGAAGAACUCUUCUGUUUCUCCGCCCUCGCCCAAUCUUCCAUCGCCCUUAUUCUCCCAGGCUUCAUGGUCCUCUGCAGCAGUUUGGAACUGCAAUCCCACCAAAUGAUCGCUGGCUCUAUCCGCAUGGUCUACGCCAUCAUCUACUCCCUCUUCCUCGGCUACGGCAUCACAGUCGGCACAACCAUCUACGGCCUCAUCGACCGCAACGCUACCUCCGCAACAACAUGUUCAAACCUGGACGUCUACGGGUCCGCAUAUGCCCGCCAAUUCCCCUUCGUCGCCGUCUACGCCAUCUUCCUCGCCAUCGUCAACCACGGAAAAUGGAAACAAAUGCCUGUCAUGGUCUUCAUCGCCGUCUCAGGCUACAUCACCAAUUACUUCAGCACGACUAAACUGGGCACCCAGUCUGAAGUAGCAAAUACAGUCGGCGCUUUCACCAUCGGCGUCUUGGGUAAUUUGUACAGUCGUCUUUGGCACGGUCAUGCCGCGACGGCGAUUUUACCUGGUAUUUUUGUCUUGGUCCCGUCUGGUCUGGCGUCGAGUGGCUCGCUUAUUGCCGGUGUGCAAUAUGCGGACCAGGUGAGGUAUAAUCUGGAGACGUCGGGGAAUAGUACUUCCACGAGUAGCCUGUCGGAUACCUCGGUGGCGAGUUUGGGCUUUGGUAUGAUUCAGGUUGCUAUUGGGAUUACAGUCGGCUUGUUUAUUGCUGCGUUGGUGGUUUAUCCGUUCGGGAAGAAGAGGACUGGUUUGUUCAGCUUUUAG